UUAUUAUAUUUUGAAAUUGUAAUUAAUUGUUUGAUGUAGAUGAAAGGAAAGAAGAAAGUUUCAAGAGAUCAUUUGGCUCCACCGACUCAGCCACCGAUAAACCCAAAGGGGCCUAAUAAACAGUCUGUCAAACGGUACAUUCCCCCUGCAAAGACACAAUUAUUGUCUGGACUUUCAGAGAUUGUGAAGAAUUGGCCUGCUAAGAAAUCAAAGAGAUACUAUAUUAAACCGGAAGUGUUCGGAGGAGAAGGCCAAGAGUGUUGGAUCAGCGCUGACGAGGUGGAAGAUGUGUGCGAGCUCCAUAUGAUUGGAAAUACUGUUAUGUCUCUUUGGUGCAGUUAUUUGCAAGAACACACACUUAAUCUUGGUGGGUUGAGGAAUACAUAUGCAUUUAAUAAUCCUGCUUCAGUAUCAACUGAAGCUGGUAAACUCAAACAACGUUCAGAGAAUCUAUGUCAGCGAAUGAUGGGUAUGCAACCUGAACAAUGGUUGAUAUGUCCGUGGAAUUCAGGUGAUCACUGGUUGACAAUUAUGAUUCAUGCCAAUACUCAAAGUGUUGCAUAUCUUGACUCGACGAAUGACUUUAUCCGAACUGAUAUUAUGAAAUGUAUCCAAAAUGCUGUGGACAUGUACAGGAUCGAAAAAAAUAUACGAAACAAGGGUCCAGUAAAAAUCAACCAAUACACGUGUCGACAGCAGCCGGAUGGAAUACAAUGUGGUUAUUAUGUUAUGAAGAUUAUUCAGAGUUUCAUGACGGUUGUUAAUCCUGCAAGUUUUUUGAAAAAUCAUUUCAAGUUAGACGCUCCCUAUAGUAACGAGGAGAUCAAUGCCGUACGGGAUGAGUUGGCCGAAUUUGUGAAGCCAUUGAUUAUAGAUUAAGUACUUAAGGUUACUACACUUUUGAUAUAAUACAUGAGUAACAAGUUUUAUGAUUAUUGUUAUCUUUUGCAUA